AUGCGCGCCUUCAAAAUCACGGCGCUGGCACUCCUGGCGUCUCCCCUACUCGCCUCCGCCACGAUGGUCUUCAAGAACAGCGGAACGAAGGCCGGCUGGGACGGGAUAAACCAGGAACACCAGGGCACCGUGUCCCAAGUCAAGGACGAGACGUACCGGUCGGACACGGCGCUCAGGAUGGUGCAGGUGUAUGACGCGAACUACCGUGGCCGGUACCAUUCGGAGGUGUAUAAGAAGGACGUCUAUCGCGAGGGCGACGAGGGGUACUACGGGUUCGCGUUCCGGCUGGAUCCGGGCUGGGACACAUCGUCGAAGCAGUCGUUCAACGUGGCGCAAUUCAUCGCAGACCUGACGAAGCACCCGGACAACCGGUGCGGCGACGGCUACAUCCCGUCGAUGAUGCUGUGGGUCGAAGGAGACAGGCUGCAGAUCCGGCGCAAGGGCGGCGACAUGUGCGCCGCUAGCAUGGAGAAGUACACGCUCGGGCGCGUGACGCCGGGCGCGUGGCACCGCGUGGUGCUGCGGGCGCGCUGGUCAAGCACCAAGACGGGCUCCUACAGGGUCUGGCUCGACGGUAAGGAGGUGCUCGCGCGCGACGGCAUCGUCAACGCCUACCGCGACAGCCAGCGCAGGUUCGGCUUCCAGUUCCGCGUCGGCCUGUACGCGAACGGGUGGCACGACAAGGGCCGCAUCGAGGGCACGCAGCGCACGCGGCGCCUCUGGAUCGACGAGGUCGGCAUCGGCAACACCUACGCGGAGGCGGACCCCGGCAAGAGACAGCCCCGGCGGCGCAACGUGCAAGACGCAGGUGCUGCCAAGGAGGGGGAGGGGAGCCCCUCGACUCCUCUGGGUUUCGAUUCUUGA